CUGAAAACUCCUUCUAUCAUUCGAUCUUUUCAUCAACUCAUACCAUUAAAACAGCAUUCACUCCCAAGAAACAGUCAAUAACUCUCAUCAUGCCUUUCAGUCACGUUGCCCUCUCUGUCGGCGAACACUACGUCGAGAUGCGCGACUUCUACAAAGCCGUUCUCGCUCCUCUUGGCUAUGAACUCAAGUUCGAAGGCACAGGCAACAAAGGAGCUCAGUACUGUAGUUUUGGCGUCAAGAAUGGCGCUCCAGACUUUUGGCUUGGCGGCGGUGGCCCUGACUUGAAGAAAUAUGACGGCAAUCUUGAGAACAGAACUGCACCAGUUCAUGUCGCUUUUGAUGGUGAGAACCAGAAGCAUGUCGACGAGUGGUACGACACAGCUAUUAAAGCUGGAGCUGCUGAUAAUGGAAAGCCUGGGCUGAGGGAGUAUAGACCUGGAUACUAUGCGGCGUUUGUUCUUGAUCCUGUUGGCAACAACAUUGAGGUUCUUCACAUGUCUUAGAGCGGUGUAUUAGGUGUGAAAUGGUUGGUGUUGACGUGUGGGAUGAAGUAUUGAAUGGAAGCGAAACCAGUGGACGAGUCGAUGGUAUAACUAUAAAAGUCAAGUCUUCAUCAAUUUCCCCAUCCAAG